UUUUUUUAGCCAUUAUUUUUCUUUUCUAGUGACCGAACUAAUAAUAGAAUACACACAGAUGUUUCAAGAAGUGCAUAUGAAUUUCGGUUAUCUUUGGGAAGCAGACGCGAAGUGAAAACAUUAUUAAAAACGUGGAACAGAAAAGAGACGGGAUAAUUUCGUUUGGGAAACUUGUAGAAGAAAUAUUUCCCCCAAAUUUUGUGAACAUAAUCCUACGGCUGUGCUGUUGCUGAGCAGAUCCGGGCGAUUGAAAUCUACCGUUUUGUCGGUCAGAAUAAGCCUAUCCCAGAACAGUAGAUGAUCAGUAGGCUCGAGAACCUCUUAUGAGAGACAUUCACUUGGUAGUAGGAGCUACGAGAGAAACGAAACUUGACUGUUGAAGAGUUCCAGAGCUAAAGUUCUACACGCGCUAUGUGGACCACAGCUUUGUGCGUAGUACUGACAUCACUGACAACACAUUUGACACAUGCUCAAGUUUGUGGAGACGUCCCUAUAGUCUGGAGGAACAAUAAUCAGACCUGUCCUCCGAGAGCCAUCUGCGCAGACGUUUUUAAUACCAUCAGGGACUGGUACAACGGAACGACCUGUCCGGAGAAGCGAACCCUGCACAACUGCUUCUGCGGGUCAGGCAUGUGUCCAGUGAAUGACGAGAGUCACCAGAUGUAUGCUUCACAGUUUCACAGAAUUUACACUUGCGAACCUGUGUGUAGGUUGCCGUGGUGUGCCAAUGUUAGAUCCACUGGUGACAGAACUGUGGCAGUGGUAACGGAGCAAUCUUCACCGACGUUUUCGCGAAACACCUAUCAAAGGGUGGACUGCCGCUGCCCUCGUCAUCACAGGCCAAGCAUUGGUAACGGCAUUUUGCACCAUGCUGUUAAGUCAUCUGGAAAUGUUUACAACCCCCUCAAGCAGAAUUAUCAGACACAGCAUGUGUGUAGGAACUCCAUAGCUGACAAUGCGAUGAACGACCCAUGUCCAGCCUACAGGGACACUGUCCAAGAUGUCUAACAGAAACCCAAGACACAGCUUGCACUUUCACAGUUUUUUAAUUUAGUCCCCAAGUUUUCAUCUCCAAUUGUUGUGUGCUUUCUCUUACGUUUGAGAACCUCGUCCUUGUGUCAGCUCUUGUUAAUUCAUUUUAUGUAUGCUUAUAGUAUUACACACGUUGGUAUAAGAACUCUCACUGAAGGCCGGAGAUGCGCUGGUGUCGUUUUGUAUUGAGCAUUUAAUCGUAUCUCAUGAAAUAAAGAAAUAGGGAAAGAGCUCCUUAUCGGAGAUUCUCGAAAAAAACGAAACAAUGUCACGGAACUUCAAAUGUUGCCAACUAAAUAACUUCAAAUAGAAACGCUUAGAAAAAAAUUGAUUCUGCAUUGCUAAAAAAGUGCACAAAAUAAUCAUUAUUAACACUUCCUUUAUUCUGUACACCGGAGACACCCAAAAAUGCUUGCUAUUUAUAGAUAUGACUUCAUGUAUGAGCAGUACCAAUAGGAAAAGAAUUGUGGGUUGUUUUUUUUUCCGAAAGCAAGGUUUGUAUUAUAUUAUAAAUUUAUUUAAAUAUUGAAGUUUAGGUCAUUUUUUUUUAAUUUUCUUUAAAAAAAUGAUUUUACAAAGAACUCUUUUGUCUCCCGCGGAAAGAAGAGGACUUGGUGUUUCGAGACAUCUUUCCUGUCACUUUUUUUUUGUCGUCAAUUUUAACACGUUAUGGAAUUGGAAGAAAACGAGCUGUUAUUACUUUAGACUAGACCAUCUCAAGUCUGAUCUACUUAAAAGAAAUGCCGGUCUUUAUCGUUUAAUUUAAGUGUUCACAUUUUGCUUAAGCCCCCCCCCCCUUUUUUUUUUCAUCCCCAUUUUUUUUUUUUAAUUUCACUUCAUCAUUUUUUUUUCUUCAAGUUUGUUGUUCCAUUGGCUACUUCAAAUUACUGCAGAAAUAUGUAAAUUAGAGAUUUAUUUCCAUUGGCUACUUCAAAUUACUGCAGAAGUAUGUAAAUUAGAGAUUUAUUUCCAUUGGCUACUUCAAAUUACUGCAGAAGUAUGUAAAUUAGAGAUUUAUUUCCAUUGGCUACUUCAAAUUACUGCAGAAGUAUGUAAAUUAGAGAUUUAUUUCCAUUGGCUACUUCAAAUUACUGCAGAAGUAUGUAAAUUAGAGAUUUAUUUCCAUUGGCUACUUCAAAUUACUGCAGAAGUAUGUAAAUUAGAGAUUUAUUUCCAUUGGCUACUUCAAAUUACUGCAGAAAUAUGUAGAUUAGAGAUUUAUUUCCAUUGGCUUCUUGAAAUUACUGCAGAAAUAUGUAAAUUAGAGAUUUAUUUCCAUUGGCUACUUCAAAUUACUGCAGAAAUAUGUAAAUUAGAGAUUUAUUUCCAUUGGCUUCUUGAAAUUACUGCAGAAAUAUGUAAAUUAGAGAUUUAUUUCCAUUGGCUACUUCAAAUUACUGCAGAAAUAUGUAAAUUAGAGAUUUAUUUCCAUUGGCUUCUUGAAAUUACUGCAGAAAUAUGUAAAUUAGAGAUUUAUUUCCAUUGGCUACUUCAAAUUACUGCAUAACUAUGUAAACUAGUGAUUCAUUCAUUCUUUAAAAAUAAAUUCCAUCGUGGUAGUCAGAUCAAUGCAUAUUAGUUUCUUUGUUUUUACACCAUUCAACGUACAUUCUUAGUUUACACACCAGAAAGUCUAGAAAUAUGUUGAUUUGAAUAAAGAUUUGGUAGCAAACAAAGAC